CCCACUGUGACUUUUAUUUCCAAGUCCUGGAAUCCGGAAUCAGACUGAUCGUAAUCACACAUGGAUUAUACUCUUUUCGCAGCUUUUUAUUUGUUUCUGCCUUAGAGGAAACUUUCUCACAAACUGUUUUCAAGUGGGACUGCUUCCUGGUGUCAGAGCCAUGAUUUGCUUGUUAAGAUGGACUGCUUUCCUUUGGACUGUAAAUUUCAUUCCUUGCACAUUUGGAAUGUCAGUGAAUGAACGACCAGAUGGCUCAUGUCCCCCUCUGAGUGUAGAGGAGCACAGGUUUUCUGAUAUCUUAGAUCGUCCCCUGGAAAUCAACGGAUUUGAUCUCACUGAAAAGUUUCUUCUCCGAAAGGGGACAAUCACAGAGGACCUGUCGUCAUUUCGUUUAGGAAGCAGUCCACUCAUUAAGCCGACAAAAGUAAUAUUUCCAAAUGGGCUUUCGGGUGAAUACUCCCUUGUCACUAUCUUCCGGGUAAGAAGAACUACAAAAAAAGACCGCUGGUAUCUCUGGCAGAUAUUCGACCAGUCGGGAGGCAGUCAGGUAUCUGUUGUGGUUGAUGGUGGCAAGAAGGGGGUGGAGUUUUCUUUCCAGGGCCAGCUAAAGAAUGCUCUCCGCUACACAUUUAAGAGCCGUGACCUACAUGCCCUUUUUGAUCGCCAGUGGCACAAGCUGAGCAUUUCUGUACAGAGCAACAUAGUCUCCAUUUACAUGGACUGCAAGCUAAUAGAAAGCAAACAGACUGAUGAGAAGGACAGCAUUGACCCCAGUGGGCGCACUCUCAUCACUACACGAGUGGAGGAUGGACGACCUGUAGAUAUUGAGCUGAAACAAAUUCUAAUCUAUUGUGACCCUUAUAUGGCCGAAAUGGAAAAUUGCUGUGAGCUAUUGGAGCCAAAGUGUGAAGCCAUGAAGACCUUUAAUGGGACUUCCCCUCCCCUGGUUACAGCCCAGCUCCCCCAGAUGCUGUCUCAGCCGACCUCACAGUCAAUUGACAGAUGUCACUGUCCAGCUGAAAAGGGAGAUGCUGGUCUUCCAGGUGUAGUUGGACUAGCAGGACAAAAAGGGGAUAAAGGAGACAAGGGGGACACAGGGGAGGCCGGGCCUUUAGGAAACCCAGGACAUAAGGGGGAACUUGGAUCAGAAGGGCAAAAGGGAAUCGAUGGGGAGAAGGGUCUGAAAGGUGACCCAGGGCCAUUUGGUCCAGUUGGUCCAGUUGGUCCAGUUGGUCCCAAAGGAAACAAAGGUGAUGUGGGUCUUCCUGGAGCUCGGGGGCUGCCUGCUGACAAAGAGUGCGUCAAAGGAGAUCAGGGCCCUCCAGGUGACAAAGGAGAAAAGGGAUUGGCUGGGGUGCCAGGAGAACCAGGCAAAGAGGGCAAAAGGGGACGGAGAGGAAAGACUGGGGAGCCUGGACUCAGAGGCCUGCCUGGUCCCCCAGGAACCCCGGAAGGAACAAGUGUCAAGGUGGAGAGGGGUGAGCCUGCAGUCCCAGGGGGAAAAGGGGAGAAAGGAGAGAGAGGAGACCCUGGUCAGCCAGGUGCUGAAGGGGCCAGUGGGAUGAAAGGACAAAAAGGUGAUGUUGGCCUUCCUGGUCCUCCUGGGCCUGUGAUGACAGCUCACGGAUUGAGACAGCUCUCUGAAACUGAUGCAAUGACGGAGAAGACACAAAAGGGAGAAAAAGGAGAUGAGGGGGAGAGAGGACUGCAAGGCUUCAAGGGAAACAUCGGGCCGCCAGGACUCAAGGGAGAUCAAGGACCAGAGGGCAAGCAAGGCCUGCCUGGACCCACUGGACUCCCAGGACUCUCAGGCGAGCCAGGCUCGCCAGGGGAGUCAGGGAUGCCUGGGAGAGAUGGCCUGAAAGGAGAAAAGGGGGACUCUGGUGGAGUAAUGGGGCCACAGGGACCUAAGGGUGAGCCUGGAGAGCCUGGAGGUGGAUAUAUGGGCGAUGGGUUGUCUGUAAGCAGAGGGUCUCGCGGGCCCAAGGGUGAGAGAGGUGUCCCAGGUUUGCCCGGAGACCAUGGUGACAAAGGCGAACCUGGAGAGAGUAUCAUAGGCUCGCCUGGCCGCAUGGGACCCCCAGGAAAGCCGGGAAUUGAGGGCCCUCGCGGACCCCCAGGUUUAUCUGGCCCUCCUGGAGUUCCAGGAAAAGAGGGCUCCCCUGGAUGGCCAGGCCCCCCGGGCCCUGCCGGACCUCCAGGUGAACCAACUGCCCUGCCAAUUGUUGGAGACAUGGGUGCAUUACUCAAGAAUGCCUGCAGUGUGUGCCAGACGAGAGUCCCAGGGCUUCCUGGGCAGAAGGGAGAGAAGGGGUCCCUUGGAGCGCAAGGAGUCGAAGGCAUGGUGGGAGAAAAGGGCGAUCCAGGUGUAAGAGGUCCCAUGGGUAACCCUGGAAAAGAAGGCCCAAAGGGAGUAAAAGGAGAGAGAGGAGUCCCAGGCCCCAUAGGAGAUAAAGGUGAUGAGGGGACUGCAGGAGUACCAGGACUUCCUGGGGUGACC